AUGAAGCUCCCCUCGAUAAUACCUCGGAAUAAGUUCGAUGCUGGGCAUUAUCGAGACCAAUCCGAGCAAGAGAAGGGUCCGGGCGAGAUCGACACUCCUGUGCCUUUCGUAACAUGGCGGACGUUGGCCCUGGGUGCGUUUAUCUCGAUUGGCGGUAUCAUCUUUGGGUAUGAUACUGGUCAGAUUUCGGGGUUUCUUGAAAUGCACGACUUCAAGAGGCGGUUCGGUCAACCCCAGGGCGACGGCACUUACAAAUUCAACAAUGUCCGGUCUGGUCUUAUAGUUUCUUUGCUAUCGAUUGGUACAUUGUUCGGUGCGUUGGUUGCAGGCCCCUUGGCUGAUCGUAUCGGCCGCAAAUGGUCGAUCGCCUUUUGGUGUAUUAUUCUCCACGUCGGUCUCAUCAUCCAAAUAUCCUCGCCCGCGCCCAAAUGGUACCAGGUGAUGAUGGGGCGGUUCGUCACUGGUUUCGGAGUCGGGUCUUGCUCCUUGCUAGUUCCCAUGUACCAAGGUGAGAGUGCGCCUCGGCAGGUUCGAGGUGCCAUGGUCUGUUCGUAUCAGCUGUUCGUCACCCUCGGAAUCUUCGUUGCCUACUGCAUCAAUUUCGGCACGGAAAGUAUCGAAAACUCGGCUUCCUGGCGCAUCCCUCUCGGGAUCACUUUCCUCUGGGGCCUUGUCCUGGGCAUUGGGAUCAUCUUCCUCCCGGAAAGCCCCCGCUAUGACUACCGCCAUGGGCGCAUCGACCAGGCAAAGGACACCAUGUCCAAACUGUACGGCGUCCCGUCGAACCACCGCGCAAUCCAAGACGAGCUCGCGGAGAUCAAGCAGCAGCUCGAAGCAGAAAGCGGAGCCAAGGGCGGCUGGCUCGGCUGGCUCGAGAUGUUCCAGGGCCCUCGGAUGAAGUACCGCAUCUGUCUGGGGAUCGUGCUGCAGGCGUUUCAGCAGUUGACCGGUGCCAACUACUUCUUCUACUACGGGACGGUCAUCUUCAACGGCGCGGGUAUCGAAAAUACUUUCGUCACGCAGAUGAUCCUCGGCGGCGUCAACUUCGGUACGACCUUUGGGGGUCUGUACAUCAUUGAACACUUUGGACGGCGCAAGUCGCUCAUCACCGGUGGGAUCUGGAUGUUCAUCUGCUUCAUGGUGUUUGCAUCUAUCGGUCACUUCUCUCUGGAUAUCAAGAACCCGCCGGCGACUCCCGGAGCCGGAAAGGCAAUGGUGGUGUUUGCCUGUCUGUUCAUCACCGGCUUCGCCACAACCUGGGGCCCAAUGGUGUGGGCAAUCGUCGCCGAGCUCUACCCAUCACGGUACCGUGCGCGCGCAAUGGCGCUAGCAACAGCCUCCAACUGGCUCUGGAACUUCCUCAUCGGCUUCUUCACGCCGUUCAUAACAGGGGAUAUCGACUUCGCGUACGGGUACGUCUUCGCAGGGUGUCUGUUCUUCGCGGUGCUGGUCGUCUACUUCUGCGUCAUCGAGGGCAAGGGCAAGACGCUCGAGGAAAUGGACAUGAUGUACGUCAUGCACGUGCCGCCCUGGAAGAGCAGCAAGUGGGUGCCUCCUGCGCCGGAGGAGCGCGUGACGACGGGGCAUCUGCUCGACCAGAGGAUGGCGCAGGGGUAUUCCCAGGAUGAGGAUACGAAUAAGCGGAAUAGUGAGGGGAAUCAGCAUAUUGAUGAUCCUUCUGCGCCGGGUCCGUCAGCGUGA